CCGUGAUUCUACCGAGGACCAACCUAACCCAAACUCGCGUUCGCAAAAUCAACAUAAAGAAAGUGCGGUUCACCGACAGCAGUUCACCGGGAAGUAAGACUCUCUCCAGUUGCUUUGCAGAUUUAUCUUGUUCUAGAAGUAAACUCACCGGCGGAAGGAAAAAAGCGCAACCACAAUGUCGGAACCAUCUAAGGACGCAUUACGCAAGGAAAUUGCCGCCAUUCUCAAGGAUGCCAACCUGGAGGAAACGGCCGCCAAAAAGGUGCGCCUACAGCUCGAGGCCAAUCUCAAGUGUGACCUGUCGGGCCGCAAGAAAGAGGUGGACGAUCUCGUGAUGGAGUACGUCAAUGCACAGGACGAAUCCGGCGAAGAAGAGGAAGAGGACGAUGAGGAAGAAGAGGAAGCCCCCAAGAAGAAGCCAUCGAAAAAGAAGCAAGACAGCGAAGACGAGGAUGAGGAGGAGGAAGAGGAGGACUCCGACGAUGAUAAGAAAAAGAAGGGCAAGCGUGGUGCACCUGCCAAGCGGGGACCAGCCAAGAAGAAGAAGCGCGGGUCGGACAGUGAGGAGGAAUCGGAUGGCUCCGAUGGGGGAUCCGACGAUGAUUACAAACCGAAUAAGGGACCUAAGGGUAGUGCCAAGAAGGUCGGCCGUAAGAAGAAGGGUGGCUCCGAUUCCGACUCGGACGAAGAUUGGAAGCGAUCGAAGCCUGCCAAGGCUAAGAAGGCUCCUGGAGCCAAGAAGGGUAGCGGUAAGGGAACGGGCUUCACCCGACCAUACAAUCUGUCGCCGGAGCUGGCCGCUAUUUGCGGAGCAGAAGCUCUUCCUAGGCACGAGGUCGUCAAAAAGGUGUGGACCAUCAUCAAGGAGCGUAAUCUGUACGAUCCCAAGAACAAGCAAUAUGCCAUCUGCGACUCAGAGCUGCAGACCGUCAUAGGCGUCAAGCGAUUCCGCACGUUCGGUAUGCUUAAAUACUUGAAACCGCAUUUCCUAAACUAAGACGGGUGGCGUGGGGCAAACGUCUGACUUUUCCUUUCCUGCUUUGAAUAACUGUGAAGUUUAGGAACGUUUUCCAAACCAACAUAAUAAUUGUGCAAAAAUUCGCACAGGAAUGCGAGUCAUUUUUCUCUAUAGGUUUUAAGUGGGGAACGUACCUAAAGCAGGAAAUUUAUUAACCGCUCAUUGGAGCGGAAUAACUUGUACGCAGGACGCAAUCCUUUGGAGACUGGCUGCAAAAGCCAGUCUCCUCCCAAGCUAUAUUUUUAAUACUUUCAAUAACCCGAUAUCAGUCAAUGAAUGCGACAAAUAAGCGCAGAAUAUUUAGGAGAAAGCAGAUGAUAAAUUAAAAUGCUAAUUUUAAGUGUAAAAGAUUGUACGAACCGAAUUGAACGCAAACACUACGCGCUCAUCGCGAAAUUCUUCGAGUGAUGGUAAUAAAGUAUCGAACAAACA